UACCUGCAGAAAAGCAUAGCAACCAGCACAAUAACAUACAUAUAAUAAUUUCAUGUAAUAUGAAAAAAGAAGGAAGCUGUUGAAAGAAAGAGACAUUAAACUUUAUACCCAAUUCCAAUAUAGUAUAUAUUACAGUUGAAACUUGAAAGAGACAACCUGGAAGAUCACCCAACAUCCCCAAAAAAUAAAACCAAAAAAAAAAGAGGGAAGAGAAAAGGAAAGAAGAAGAGAAAGAAAAGAACUUCCACCUAUGAGUAUGAAACCAACCUUAAGCACAAAGCUUUAGUUACACCACACCUACUUCUGUUCAGUCUUUUCUUUUAAGCAAAAAUCUCUAAACUUCCCAUCAGAGAAUCACACCAUCUUUUUCAGAGAACCAUUAUUUCCACCUUUUUUGGCCUCCAUUAUCAGAGCCUAAACAAACAAAAAAAAACUUCCUGGGUUUAGCAGUGUAUGCUAACCCUAAUUCACCUUAAAAGAAAGGCUCAAUGGGGUCAAUACAGACUCCGGUAUCAGUUCGAAGCUCCGGCUUACUCGAAACUUCAUGUGGAUAUCUGCUUCAAGAAUUGCAGAUGAUAUGGGAUGAAGUUGGAGAGGAUGAAGUUGAAAGGGAGAAAAUGUUACUGGACAUUGAACAAGAGUGCCUUGAGGUAUACAGAAAGAAGGUUGAUUAUGCUAACAUGGCGAGAUCACGUCUACACCAGGAAUUGGCUGAGUCUGAGUCUGAGUUCACUCAGCUUCUUCUGUCACUCGGCGAACGGUCUCUUCCUGAAAGGCCAGAGAAGAAGGCAGGGACUCUAAGACAACAGAUAGAUUCGAUCACCCCAGCUUUAAGGGAAAUGAGGCUGAGGAAACGAGAGAGAAUGAACCAGUUCCAAGCAGUUCAAGGACAAAUACAAAAAAUUAAAGCAGAAAUAGCAGGUUUGUCAGAAUAUGAUGACUCUGCAUCAGCUAUGAAAGUCAAUGAGAAUGAUCUUUCAUUGAAGAAACUUGAAGAGUACCAAGCUGAGCUGAAAAAACUCCAAAAUGAGAAGGGCAACAGACUCCAAAAGGUGGAAAGAUAUACAAGCCAAAUCCAUAACCUGGCUGCAUUAUUGGGCAUGGAUUCCUCAAUGACUAUUACAAAGAUUCAUCCAAGCUUAAAUGAAUUGUGUGGAUUAGCAAAAAAUAUAAGUGACAACAUUUUGGCUAAACUUGAGGAGACUGUGAAGACUCUCGAAGAACAAAAACAGGAGCGGAUUGAGAAGCUUCACCAUUUAGGUAAAGCAUUGUUAGACAUGUGGAAGCUUAUUGAUACCCCAGAGAAAGAGCGUCAACAGUUUUAUCAUGUUGUUAACUUACUGGUAGUCCCAUUCGACCAGAUAACAAAACCUGGAAGCCUCACCCCCAACAUCAUCCAACAGGCUGAGACUGAAGUACAGAGACUAGACGAACUAAAAACAAGCAAGAUGAAAGAGCUUUUCCACAGAAAACAGUUUGAGCUUCAAGAGAUAUGCAGUAGAUCACAUAUGGAAAUCCCUUCACCAUCUGAAAUGGAAAACAUUACACACCUAGUUGACUCAGGGACAAUCGACCUUGUCCAUCUUCUCAGAAGCAUGGAUGAGCAGAUUGCUAAAGCACAAGAAGAAGCGUCGAGUAGAAAAGCUAUAAUGGAGAGGGUGGAUAAGUUGAUGUUGGCACGUGAUGAAGAACGGUGGUUAGAAGAAUAUAACAUGGAUGAAAAUCGAUAUUCGGUCAGCAGAGGUGCUCACAGGAACCUAAAACGUGCAGAGCGAGCCAGAGUCACAGUAAUCAAGAUCCCAGCUUUAGUAGAUAUGUUGAUCUCAUGGAUCAAAGGUUGGGAAGAAGAAAGAAAGAAAGUGUUUUUAUAUGACGAGGCACCUCUGCUAGCUAUGUUGGAAGAAUACAUGGCAUUGCGGCAAGAAAAGGAAGAGGAAAAGCAAAGACAGAGGAUAGAAAAGAAAAAAGUAGCAGCUGUACAAAAUAAUCUCUCAUUGAGCCCCAGACCAGGCACCAGUGCUCGACGUGUCCCAAACAGAAAUCUAAAUGGUAGUUUCAACAGUGGUUCCCCUACAAGCAGAAACUUGAACGGAAAUCCUUCGACCAGGAGAUCAUCUUUGGGUGCACAAGGAGGAUCGAACAGUUUCAACCCACGGAGCCUAUGUACAUCAUUCAUGCAGGAAGGAACUAAACCAUUAAGACAGCAAAUGUAUGCCCAAUCUGAAUUUGCUUCUCACUCAAGAGAUGAAACAGCUUCAGUUGUAUCAACCUUUUCCGGGCCCUUAUCUCCUGAAAUCUGAGAGCACUCACAAGAAACACAUAAGAGUUUGUAACAUAGCAUAGAUCUGAGAGUUUUGUGCAAAAAUAAUAUCAGAUAUUCUGAUUAUCAACCCCCCCCCCCCUCCUUCCCCAGAUAUACUUUUCUUUUGUAAAGUUCCCUGCAUUUUUUCAGGAGGAGAUGUAUGUAGUCUUUCAGUGGACCAGUUUGUGUAAUAUAGAGCUUUCUCUUAUCAA